UUUUCUUUUCCUGGAGAAUAUCCUGGUCUGGCUCAUUCUCCUCUGCUAAAAUGACUGAUGGGAAACUUUGUGAUUGCCAAAGCUUUGCUCCACUGGAUGGCCAUGGCCAGAACAGCCAUGUCAAUUGGUCAAGGAAAGAUGAUGAGGCUGUGAGUACAGCCAAAAGCCGUCCCUUGUCUGGAAAAUCUUUUUUCUUAGAUCUCCCAAGUGGCAAGAACUUGGCUUUUCUAGCAGAGAAUGUGAAACGACUUGGAGGAGUUAUUGAAAGUUUUCUCAGUAAAGAAGUGACUUGUGUUAUUUCCAGCAGCCGAAAAGCUAGACAAGAAAGAAGGCCAGAGAAGCAAUCAGCUACUGUGCUGAAAGAUGCCCUAGCUGGAACUCAGUCUGUUUCAAGGCUCCCAGAGGGUCAGAGAGGCCCCUUGCACAAGCCAGUGGAUGUGACCCUGGUCAGCCGUGGGAAGAGGCUGUUACAUAAAGCUAUUGGCAGUCAGGACAACAUAAAUGGCAGCAAUAUCCUUGUCAGUGCGCGAUCCUGGGGCAUUCAGAUUAUGCACAUAGAUGAAAUGUUGUCCUACAUACGAAGGUUAUCCAAGAAGCAACCUCUGCAAAGAAAGGGGAAAGUGCUUGCUUCUGGAUUCCAACUUUCAAAAGUGAGGCUGAAACCACCAUUCAUGAAAAUUGAAGACCAUAGCAGGCAACUCCGACCAUUUCUUAAACUGUUCAAGAAUUUUCCUCGAUUGUAUUUCCUAGCAUCAAGAAGGUGUAGCCCAUUUGAACCCAGUUCAAAAGACCCCCAGAUUAGAAAGUCACCCAACGAACCACAAACUCUCUCUGUCCGCUCUGUUUUGCCCAAAACACAAAAAGGCUAUUGUGAGUGUUGUGAAGAAGCCUUCACAGAGUUACAGAUGCAUCUUCAGAGCUCGCAGCAUCAGGAAUUUGUGCUGGAUCCCUCCCACUAUGCUUUCUUGGAUAGCAUCAUCUCCCAACUAAGCAAUGACUUUGUGGCCUCCUGCACUCCACUGCUGAGCAUAUGCAAUGGUGUCUCUUCUGAAUUUGAAAUGGAGGCUGCUGAACAUGCCGAAAUACCAUUUUCAGGUCAGGAAGUGGAAGGUCAUGUGCUUUUUGAGGACUCAACAGGUCAUCUUGCUAGUUUGGAGGAUCCACCAUGCUUGCUUAAGGACCAAGAUUUCCUUCAUCUGACAGUGAAGUCCAAGGAGAUGCCCACUGCACCUGUACCAUUUGCCUUACGAUCUUUAUGGUCUGCCUCUGAGACCCAUGAAAAAGGCAGAGUGAUUGCAGACACUUUCCCAAAGAUUGUAGCUCCUGUUAAACUCAAAUUUGGUGUUGCUCCUCAGGAAGGGAAGCUCCCAACACACUCUGGUGUGCUGCCUUGCAAACGCAAGCACCCAUAUGGGCAAUACGGACAGGUGAAAAAGAGGCAAACAUUGACAUCAAAUAAAAGGCUGUCUGAUAAGAAUCUGCUCUCUGCAAGCCAACAAGUUGGAACAACAGGACACUCAUUUCCUAGUCAACUUGAUUUGCCAGCAGUUCCAUCAUACACCCCCAGCUCUUAUUGUGUUCCCCCACAAUUACCUCAGAAAGUCCUCCACUGUCAGUCUUGCAAGCCUGUUGCUAUAGACACGAGCUAUCUCAAAAAUCCAGUGCAACAGCUAGACCAGAAGGAGGUAUCUGCAAUUUCUCCCUGUAAGGAAUGGGACAUGCACGGUUCUUGCAACUUUUCCAGCAAUGAUAGUACAUUGAGCAGCUUAUCUGGAUUCCAUGAGGACAAAAAAGUAGCCCCCAAACAGGUGGGCUCUCUGCUUGAGUGCCGUUCACCUUGCUUGGAUAUAUCUGAGCUAGCACAGAAUAUGUUGCCACAGCAACCAGGCCCAGGGCCCAGCCCCUGCCUACCUCUCUUUUCCUACCCACUGACUAGUCUUUCUGCAGAAGCAAAGAGCUCUUCCUCCAUGUCUGAAUGGGAUGGGCCGCUUCUUUGUGCGCUGGCAGGUGCCUCCCAUCUUUCUUCUGAGAACCUGAUUGAUGCUGCACUGCUGGGGACCUGUGUCAGCUUGCAAGAUAGUAACUAUGAAUCCCACCUCUGUUCUGUACUCUGGCAAACAUCUGAGCAGGGACAGCUCAAAUGAACAGAGCAACCAUCUGGAGAUAGAAAGGGCUCCCUUUCCUAGUUGGGGGCUGCCUGAAAAAUGGCCCAAGUUAGACUUUUCUCGUCACCUCCUGGCUGCCUGUUUUCCUACACAUACGUUAAGUUUCCAUGUAAGAUCCUGAGUUUCUCUACCUCUCUUGCAGGAAGAAGCCAUUUGCCAUCCUGUGUAGGCUCAUAUGAGUGCAUGCUGCAUUUCUUUAACCCAAAGACCCCAAAAUAUUAUCUUUGGGUAAGAGAGAGAGAGAGAGAGAUGACAAGUUUGAGCCUUUUCAGAAUUCAAGCAAGAAUGUUCAUCUGUGUAGUUUGCUUCUGUUUGAAUCGUUACAACAGUCUUACUUGGAUGUCCUGAUGGGAAAAAGCGGAGUGUAGCCUUAUGCAUUUAUAGAAAAAAAAAGGAGUUACAGUAAUAUUCUUCCCUCUUCUCAGCUUUGAGAAACAGCACUGGGUUAAGGAGGUCAAACCAGCAUAAGAGCUUGUGAACAACAGUAAAGGCAUGGUGAGAUUCUGAGCGCUCUCUUUCACUAACCAGCCAGGUUGGAGUAGAGCAAGUUUAUGUUCUCUCCUGUCCCUCUCUGCAGACAGCUUCGUCUCAGGCCUUUUAAUAGAGGGAAGUGGGAGUAGAAAAGCUGCUCAUACAUUUUGCAGUGAUCUAAUCUCAGUUGUCCAUCCUUUCGUACAAGCAUUUCUGUUUCUGCAUAUCAAUGUGUUUUUUUAAUUGCUGAUGUUUUUCUUCUUCAGCAGUUUCUUUUAAAAAAUAAAUAUAACUGAACAUAUUCUCUUAUAUAAACUUAGUUUAUGUAUAUCGCUAUAGCUGUGGGGAUGAGAGAUGAUCAGAAUCUUUGUCCUUUUCUACCCUGCUCUGUGUAUCUACUGCAGCCAGUUUGAAUCACAUGGAAAGCAAAAUGUGUAUGCACAGAAGACUAGUAAAGGUGACUUUACUAAUAAAGCACCUAAAUUUUUUUAGGGUGCUUUUAAAAAUAAUGACAAAACACUUCUCCUUGCAGGACUAUUAUUUAAAUCAGUUGUUAAUGCUUGAAGAACACUUUUCCUUUUUUAAGCGUCAUAUUUUUUUCUUAUAUGAGGUACCGAAUCGUAAGAAGACUGACAGUUUUGUAUUCUGGAAACCUCUUCUGCUACUGGAGACUCAGCUUGCACUGGCUUCCACACACAGAAGCUUUGGCAUGGCAGAGGCAUUGCUUUUUGACUCACAGUUGUAUAAAUUAAAAUGGUGAUUUUACAUUAUAUUUAAUGAUUGGGUCCACACAUCACUCUAAAAUGAUACUUGGUUAAAUUAAAGGAGUGUAGCAAGGUGA